UUUUCUAUUAUGUUCCCUUAUCUAGUUGUCGUUCGUCAUUCGUGUCGUCUUACCGUUGUGUCGUAUCAAUCAUGGUCGUAAGCAGAAACAUCACCUCGCUGGUGGUGUCCAUUUUGGUUCCCGUGUCCCUUCAGACGACGCCCCUAAUGUCAUAAUCUAAUCUUUCGCUCCGAUUGUUUCGUUCAGCGAAGAUACGCGAGUGACACUAAUCUUUGGGAAUUAACACAUCGCUUUGCGCACGGGAUCCAGUUCCUACUGCGUGACGACGGGAGUUGGCAGUGAUUCUGAAGUCAUGGCAGAAUUGGCGGCUCUUCUGCGACAUGAAAUCCCGGAGGGAAGGAACAAUCUGGCCGACAGCCACACAAACUUGGAACGAGUGGCGGAAUACUGCGAGGCCAACUACUUUCAGGCAGAGAACAAGAGGAUCGCAUUGGAGGAAACCAAAAAUUACACCACCCAGUCUUUAGCUAGCGUUGCAUAUCAGAUAAAUACUCUGGCUUAUAAUUUCCUUCAGUUGCUGGACUUGCAAACGUCUCAGCUUGCCGAAAUGGAGAGCCAGAUGAAUCAUAUCGCUCAAACAGUUAUGAUACACAAGGAAAAGGUUGCCAGGAGGGAGAUUGGUGUAUUGACAGCUAACAAAGUGGCGACUCGCCAGUAUAAGAUUAUUGCGCCUGCGAAUCCGGAAAAACCGAUCAAAUAUGUCAGGAAGAGCAUUGACUACACAAUCUUGGAUGAGAUCGGACACGGAGUACGUAGCUGUGGCACACCACGAAGCAAGCAGCGUGGAGGUAGUCAAGGCAGCGUUCAGAGUCUAGGUGCUACCUCCACAGGCUCAGGAUUAGGUGCUGCUAUGGUGGGGCCUGCUCCUACCACCAAACCACCCACGCCACCUCAGACAGUGAGAACUGGAACGUUGAGUAAAGGAUCGCGCGAAUAUAGGACUCCACCAGCGGUAGCCCCACCCCAAGUUCCUAGUCAUUACGCGCCCAAUUACCCGCUCGGCCACCCCCGGCGAGAUCGCGGCCCGGGAUACAGCACACUACCGUUGCAUGCUCACAACACGUCCCACACGGCUCAUAACGCCAAUCAUAACGCGCACACCGGUACCAUCGGUCAACAUGCGGCCACUAUGCCGCAAGUGGGAACGGUGCAUCCCCUGCAGAGUCACCCGCAGACGCCACCGCCGGCACCGCCUAGCGUUACAGCUGGAUACGUGCAGGAACAGCACAACAGUAUGCCCCCACCUCCUUCACCCUUAGUCGGACUAAGCGGCGAUAUGGCGGAAUAUAGCGGACAUCAUACUCUACCACAUAGAUUAUCGCAUCAAAUCAGUCGUAGCAGCGGCGCGAGUAGUCCUCCUCUGCCACCGCCACCACCUCCUGAACAGGAGGAGCAUCCGCAAUUCGGUAGACCCACCCCGUCUACUGGUGCUAUAAUGCCGAUUGUGCCGGAUGAGGAGGAUUUGCCCGGUUGGGUGCCGAAGAAUUACAUCGAGAAAGUGGUCGCCAUCUAUGACUACUAUGCGGAUAAGGAAGACGAGUUGAGUUUCCAAGAAAGUUCUGUGAUCUAUGUGCUAAAGAAAAACGACGACGGAUGGUGGGAGGGAGUGAUGGACGGAAUAACUGGGUUAUUCCCGGGCAAUUAUGUGGAACCAUGCGUAUAACUACUCGCAAUAAUUGGCUAUAUCAAAA